AUGGACCCCGACACAUCUUUCGGUGCCAUCGGAGACGGCAGCCGCAGACCGCGAAAGCUGGUCCUCUGUUUUGACGGUACUGGAGACAAGUUUCAUGGCGACGACAGCGACAGCAACAUUCUCAAGAUCUUCCGCAUGCUGGACCGAUCAUCAAGCGACCAGUACCACUACUACCAGCCUGGAAUAGGCACGUAUGCCAUCUCUACAUCUCUCACUAACAGUGGCUACCGUGCACGUUUCAACUCAUGGUACCAGAAGACCAAAGACUCUGCCGUAGGCACGUCCUUUGACCAGCAUGUAGUUGGCGGCUACCGCUUUCUCAUGAGGUUUUAUAAUUCCGGUGACGAGAUUUACAUAUUCGGUUUCAGUAGAGGGGCCUAUAUCGCAAGGUUCUUGGCCCAAAUGCUCGAUCAUAUAGGGUUACUAUCACACGGCAACGAAGAAAUGGUACGGUUCGCUUGGAAAGCAUUUUCUCAAUGGCAGAGCAGGCCGCAAAGCAAGGACUUUGAGGGCCGAGAGAAGGUGGAAGCAGAAUUCAAGACCAACAAGAUGUACGAGUAUAUGAAGGGUUUCCGCGAGACCUUCUCCCGGCCAGUUGGAAGGAUCCGAUUCCUCGGCCUCUUCGACACCGUCAACUCAGUUCCGCGGUUCGAAACGUCCUGGAUGCAGCGCAGCAAGUUCCCAUACACGGCGCGCAGCAGCGCAAAGGUGAUUCGCCACGCCGUGAGCAUCGAUGAGAGGCGGGCCAAAUUCCGCCAGGACCUCAUGUAUCAGCACAAACCAGGCGGCAGCCCCCAUCGCCAUCAGAUUGAACAAUGGCUCGAUCAAUUCCGACAAAGCCACGAGGACCGGCCGCUUGAGCAGUCGUCCAUAGCCAAGUCGGCCACGAAUGGCAAUACACAGCAUCACGACGUCCGUCCAGAUGACCAGUCCCGGCCAAGUGAGAAGCCUGCUGAUUCUUCGCACUACACUUCGUAUAGACCGCGGUCGCAGACCCAGGAGGUACGCCUCAGUGAAGACGACAGAGCACACUUGAUAGGCUCCGAAGCAAGCCCAGGCGAUGGGGACGAUCAGCAGGACAUUGACGAGGUGUGGUUCGCAGGAUGCCACGGCGACGUAGGGGGUGGAUGGGAGGCCUUGGACGACCGCAAGAGCGCGAGCCACGUGCCCCUGGCAUGGAUUGUUCGCGAAGCCAUGAAGGCCGGGCUAUUGUUCGACAUGGAAAAGGUCGCCGAUAUGGAAUGCUGCAUUGAGCCCGUCGACGUUCAGCCUCGCCGUCCAAACCCAGCUAUUCGAGUCCAGGGCGAGAGCGACGCCGCGCAAGCUGACGUGCCCGAGAUCAACGAGAAGGACGGCGGCCUGCAGGACGUGAUGCACAAGGCACAUACCUCCCGUCUCCAUGAUUGUUUACAGUACGGAGGAGGGCUAGGAUCCAUGGCGGUGACGGCCUGGAAAUUGAUGGAGUAUCUCCCGUUCCGGAGGAUGGACCUGCAGCCAAACGGGUCCUGGAAGCCUAUCCGGUGGCCAUUGCCCCGUGGCGAGGUGCGCGAUAUUCCCGACGGUGUCCGGGUCCAUGGGAGUGUUAUCAGGAGGCUGAACGAGGUUGAGAGUUACCGCCCAGGGAACCUCAUUAUGGGCGGAGGCGGCCGAGGCAAGAGACGAGCGCCCAAGGAGUAUGGUAUUGGGGACUGGGUGUGCGUCGAUGAGCCCGGCGAUGCUAUUGGCGAAAUAUGGGUGAAGAGAGGCCAUUCAGGCAAGCAGACUGACUCGAGGGCGGGGGAUUAA